AUGCGGAAAAGUCCCCAGAAAAAUCUGAGAGCGCUGACGAUGCUGGAUCCUACUACGUUGCGCAAGACUCUCUGCCGUGUUCAACUGCUUCUACCGCAUAGUAUUCAGAUAGACCAUGAGCCUGAAGAUAAUCUCGUGGAUAUCGACCAGAAUCUCCAACUCCCAGACGCAACACCUCUGCAAACCUUCUCUUCGCAAGGUCCUCCCGAUGAUCCCUCUGCUAUGACUCUCGACUGCGAAAAUACGGGCCCUCCGGGUGGUGACAUACCUGGCUGGGAGACUGAUCUAGCUGAGCGGGAAAAGUCGAUGAACAACACGUGUCCUUCUGCUAGACGUGCGGGGUCAUUCGAUCCGUUGCAGGGUCUUCUCGACAAAGGCAGUGAUGAAGGCCGUGAGACCGUUCUUCCACCCUUGGCGGGGCCUGCCUCCGACGCGGCCCUCGUUGACGACGCGGACAACCCCGUCGAUUGGCAGAGUUGGAUCAAUGAUGACUUUCUGGUGGGCCCCCCCAACGUUGAUUCCGAAACCUGCGUCGAUACCGAGGGGGUUCGCAGCAGCCAGGGCUGUAGCCCACAAUCCAGCGCUGCAACCGGGCCCGCCACCGAUCGUUCAGUCUCAGUCGAUCCGAGCGGCAAAGCCUGCACGGACAUGGCAGAUUCUGACCUCAUGGUCCACGACCCCGGGGAUGACAUCGGAUCGGACCCAUGCCCGACCGUAUCCUACCCAACCCCCGUGUCAAACCCAUCUAACACUCCCAGACCUGCAAGCAGAGUUGUUAAACGACGCCAUAUAAUGUCUUCUGGUAAGUCUAUAGGACGGAGAGGCGGAAAAUGGCUAGAGUCGACACAGAAAGGAUGUCCGGUCUCCCCGUCAAGCGUCUUCACUGCAGAUCGGACUGGUGGAUCACAUGGAAGUCGAUAUCCUACUCUGGAGUCAAUGUUCCCUGAAUUAUCCCAUGCAGACCUGAAUGUAGUCCGGAGAAAAGGUGACAGACUUCUCCAUUGUAAUCUCCCGGAAUUCUUGGCGACCCAGUCAACGAUAUGGAGAAUGAAAGGAUUCUGGGAUCAGCCCGCGGUCACGCUUCGCGUGUCGCAAACCGCUCCGCGAAAGGAUAACUAUGCUAAAGUAUUUAGGUACGUUGAGGCUAUGGGAAAACAAGAAGAGGCGAAUUUCAUGAGGAUCCGCCUCGGGCGGACCUUACUCUACCUCCUGUACAUCGAAGAGCUGGAGGAGACGGAAAGCAGACGGGGUAGUGGAAUUAGAGAGCCGGGCAAGGUGAAGACCGAAGCCAUUAACAGUCUCCUUGAGGGGAUUUACGCUUCUGAAGGCCAGGGGGCCCCUAUCGAUGAGAAAAAACGGCAGAAGAUACGGAAGACGUUCCAUCAGAAGAAGCGUUUUGGCCCCGGGGCUCUCUUGGCCUGCAGCGAACAAACAGGGAUGAAAGUGAACAACCCUAAGUUUCCGCUCGACGCCUUGGUUGCAUAUCUUUUGCAUGGCCGGGCGGGGGAUGUAGCGCUGUGCCAUCAAUUUGACCAUGCUGCAAGGUGCCUUUUGAUGAAAGGCGAAUUCCGGUGUGAAUUCACAAGAGGGGAGAUCCAAGCUUGGAUUGAUCGGUCAACGGAGCCAGAUCACGCGGCUGCACACGUUCCCCGCUGGAGGAAAUUUGAGCCUCGUGCGGCUGCAGAAGUCGCACAGGCUUUCCUCCGUGAAUGGAAGGAAGGAAAGUCGGGCGAACUAGUAGACCGUGCCGGUGUGGACCAUUGCGCCUUGGACGAUGAAUGCUAG